AUGAAUGGCAAUGAUAUGGAGGAAAUACCGUUUCAUAAAGUCAAGACCAAGAGGAAGAAGUGCUUCCACUGCUGCUGCUCUCCGUCUGCUGCCGCGGUGGCGGGAGCGGGAGCCAGGCUGGGAGAACCUCCUCCCCUGCUGCUGCUGGAUGCCAUUGCCUGUGAAGAUGAGUUCGACUGCAAGGAGCUGGAAGCUCUUUUCCAGAGCUACAACCUGAAGCUGGAGCAGAAGUCUACCCUCAAAGCGCUGGCCGUUCUCAUCGUGCUCACCGCCAGCCUGGCCCUUGUGGAGCUGCUCUCUGGACCCAGCUUGACCAUUUCCAAAGGCUCGCACCCGGUGCACUGCAUCAUCUUCCUUUCUCUCUUUAUCGUCACUAACGUCAAGUACCUGCAGGUCACCCAGCUGCAGCAGAUCGUCAAGCUCACCUUGCUCUUUAGCUUCACCUUCUCCUUCCUCUGCUGCCCCUUCUCGCUAGGCGCCUACAGCAUGGAACCCCUCAGCGCCCCGGAGCAGGGCAUGUGGCAGCUCAUGCUGGUCACUUUCGUCUCGUAUUCACUGCUGCCCGUCCGGACCCUGCUGGCUAUCGUUUUCGGGCUCGUGGUGUCCGUCUCCCAUCUCAUCGUCACCGCCACCUCCGUCAGCGCCAAGCGGCAGCGACUCUGGAGGACGCUUGUGGCCAAUGCAAUUCUUUUUGUCAGUGUAAAUUUGUAUGGAGUCUUUGUGAGGAUCUUGACGGAAAGGGCUCAGAGGAAGGCGUUCCUUCAGGCCAGGAACUGCAUAGAGGACAGGCUGAGGCUGGAGGAUGAAAAUGAAAAACAGGAACGUCUCUUGAUGAGUCUUUUGCCUAGGAAUGUUGCAAUGGAAAUGAAGGAAGAUUUUUUGAAGCCUCCUGAAAGGAUUUUCCACAAGAUUUACAUUCAAAGGCAUGACAAUAUAUUUCCUGGACUGAUUCUAUCAGACAUUAAGCCCGCCAAAAGAAUGAAGUUCAAGACAGUCUGCUAUCUGCUUGUUCAGCUCAUGCACUGCCGUAAGAUGUUCAAAGCAGAGAUCCCUUUCUCCAAUGUCAUGACAUGCGAAGAUGAUGAUAAGAGGAGAGCAUUAAGGACAGCCUCUGAAAAGCUCAGGAAUCGUUCCUCUUUUUCUACCAAUGUUGUGUACAACACUCCAGGAACUCGAGUAAACAGAUACAUCAGUCGUUUGAUAGAGGCCCGGCAAACUGAGUCUGAGAUGGCUGACCUGAACUUCUUUACACUGAAGUAUAAACAAAUUGAGCGUGAAAAGAAAUACCACCAGCUUCAGGAUGAAUACUUCACCAGUGCUGUAGUUCUCUCACUAAUUCUAGCUGCCUUAUUUGGCCUUGUCUACCUUCUAAUAAUACCACAGAGUACCAUAGUUCUUGUUCUCCUGGUGUUCUGCAUAUGCUUCCUAGUGGCUUGUAUUAUGUACCUACAUGUCACAAGAGUACAAUGUUUUCCAGGGUGCCUAACAAUACAAAUUCGUACCAUUUUGUGUAUUUUUAUUGUGAUCUUAAUAUACUCUGUGGCUCAAGGAUGUGUGGUUGGAUGCAUGCCUUGGGUUUGGAAUACCAAUUCCAGCAGUUCUAUAGUUAUCAUUUCUCCUGGUGGAACAAAUAAAACAAUGAAUGAACUUCCAUGUGAUACAGCUCACUAUGCUUUCCUUUCCUGUGUAGUGGGGACUCUCACCUUGGCAAUAUUUCUACGUGUAUCUUCCUUGCCAAAAAUUAUACUGCUGCUUUUUGUUACUAUUUUGUACAUAGUUAUUCUGGAACUCAGUGGUUACAGAAAAGCAGUGGGGAGUGGAUCCUUUUAUAUGCGAGGCUAUGAACCAACACUAGCUAUUUUGCUAUUUUCUUGUGCUUUGGCACUGCAUUCAAGACAGGUGGACUUGAAGCUACGUCUGGACUACCUCUGGGCUGUGCAGGCAGAAGAAGAGAGAGAUGAUAUGGAGAGAGUCAAGCUGGAUAAUAAAAGAAUUCUCUUCAACCUAUUGCCAGCACAUGUUGCACAGCAUUUUCUUAUGUCUAAUCCAAGGAAUAUGGACCUUUACUACCAGUCUUAUUCACAAGUGGGAGUGAUGUUUGCUUCCAUCCCAAAUUUCAAUGAUUUCUACAUCGAACUGGAUGGCAAUAAUAUGGGAGUGGAGUGUUUACGCCUGUUAAAUGAAAUUAUUGCUGAUUUUGAUGAGCUUAUGGACAAAGAAUGUUAUAAGGACAUAGAAAAAAUCAAGACAAUUGGAAGUACAUAUAUGGCAGCUGUGGGACUUGUACCUACUUCAGGAACUAAGGCUAAAAAAUCAAUUUAUUCCCAUUUGAGUACACUCGCAGAUUUUGCAAUAGAGAUGUUUGAUGUUCUUGAUGAAAUCAACUAUCAGUCUUACAACGAUUUUGUCCUAAGAGUUGGUAUUAAUGUUGGGCCUGUAGUAGCUGGAGUCAUUGGAGCCAGAAGACCACAGUACGAUAUCUGGGGAAACACUGUAAAUGUUGCCAGCCGGAUGGAUAGUACUGGGGUGCAAGGGAAAAUUCAGGUGACAGAAGAAGUUCAGCGAAUAUUAAAGAGGUGCAGUUAUGAAUUUGUGUGCAGGGGUAAAGUCAGUGUAAAGGGAAAAGGUGAAAUGUUGACCUAUUUACUGGAAGGAAAGGCCAAUGGAAAUAAUUCACAGACACAGUCUUUAAACUUAGAGCGGAAAAUGUAUCCUUAUGGGAGAGCAAAUGUUCAAACAAAAUUGGGCACCAGCUGUCCAUCAGUGUCCUCAGUUGCUAGCUUAACUCCAAAAGCUGGCCUUGAAGCAGAUCAAGCAUCUACCACUCACACAAAUCAAACACUGCAUUAUCUUCCUUCUGUGCCAGCUGUGAAGGAGGCAUAG